AUGGAUAAGAGAGACUUAUGUGGUGUUAUUGCUCUAGCAGGGGAGGGCUCAGCAGGAAACAACACGUUUGGUUUCAUUCAAUGGCAACAUACGCUGAUACUCCCUAACUAUGAGAGAAAGGAAGGCAGUGAGAAGGUACAGUUACCCAGCGAUGAUGUUAUUGGCCAACUGCGUUCAGAAUUAUCAGCUAUUCAUGGUACCGUACAAAUCUUUUUAGAAUGUAGAGUUUCUGAUGAAGUUCAUGGAAUCUGGGCUCUUAUGUUACUCCCACUUAAAUGGUUAAAUCAUCCUAGAUUUUCUGGUAUCGUGGAAGAUUCUGUUCCAAAGAAGUUGGCAAAGUAUCAAAAUGUUGACUCGACGGCUACGAUAGGAUACGGCUCUGGCACCCCUCCACUACCCACCACAGGAUUCAAACUUGAUGUGGGACAGUCCGUUAGCAUUCCCUCGGUUGUUGGCUGGUCAGGUCGGAUAUGGGCCAGAACCGGAUGCAACUUUGAUGCCAACGGUACAGGAAAAUGCACUACCGGAGACUGCGGCGGGAAGCUGGAGUGUUCCGGUAGUGGUGCUGCUCCUCCGACGUCACUAUUCGAGAUUACGCUCGGUCGCAGUUCUGGCGACAAAGAUUUCUACGAUGUUAGUCUCGUUGAUGGGUAUAACCUCCCUAUAGUUGCUUUCCCGAGAGGUGGUGGACUAGUUGGAGCUUGUAAUGCCACAGGAUGUGUUGCUGAUGUUAACAUUAACUGUCCAAAGGAGCUUCAGGUGAUGGGAGAAGGAGAGGGAGAGGAAGAGAGAGGAGGGGUUGUUGCUUGCAAGAGCGCUUGUGAGGCGUUUGGUUUGGACCAAUACUGUUGCAGCG